AUGAGGAUCACCACUUUUCUUUGGGCAGCUGGCACUGGAACUCAUAUUCCACGGCGCAUGAACAGACACCACGUUAGGGAGAUUCUGGGCCUGUCAGAGCGACAAUGGCCAAUUUUUCUGCGCGUCUCACUCGCAGUUUGCAAAGAGUUUCCUCGCGCCUUCUGGGGAGAUCUCAACCCUGCAGAGAAGCAAUAUCUCACUCAAAAGAUCAGGGACUCUGUGCAAGAGGAGGGACUCCCAGUACUAGAUGACAAGGGAAUCGAGUGGCGUGUAUCAAAAGUCUUGCCAGAGCUGCGGCACUACACGCGCUUUGCAGAUCAGUACGGAGCUUGGGAAACGACCGCUGGAAGAACUUUUCCUAAUAAAGUAAUCCGCGAGGCUUGUGAUGCAAAUAUACAUAAGAUUCCUACAAAAGGCCUCCGCUACUGGACCCAGAUUCCCGAAGAAAUACGACUGGAACUUGCCACAGAAGUUAACAAGCGACUUGUUGAAAGUGGCCUGCCUGCAAUGGAUGAAGAGGCCUUGCUGUAUCGGAUAAGGAAACAUAUGAAUCACUGGAUUAGAGAGAAACUUGGAAGAAAACCGUCAAGAACAGGAUCAUGA